AUGGGUCUCACUACCGCCCAGGCCAUUGGCAUCGGGGUAGCUGUUGGCUUUGUUGGAGCCCUGAGUCUGAUGAUGAUACUCUUGUGCAUAUCCCGUUGCUCAUCCGCCGAGACCGUCCCCUCUGGCCCUAUCAUCAUACCUGCAGGGACUCCACCCCGGGUCAAGCAGCUUAAGCCUAACCCCCGGGUCUUGACUGCGCCUCGCGAUCCGGCUUCUUUCAGAAACCCAUCACCAACUCGCACAGAACGCUGUCCGACCGCGUGGAGCCUCAUGUCUCGCCAUCCAUCUUUGAUGAAGAUGAACUUGUCCGCCUCGCAGGAGAGCCCGCCAACGGCGGGACUUGGUCCGAGACCAUCUCCAACGUCGCCACAAGGGGCGCUGCAGUCAAGUGCUUCCUUGCGCAACUCAUCUUUAAGCGCAUGCAUCCCAGCUGCCCCGUUCAAGAGUCCCUACUCGCUCCAGAGAUUUCAAGCUGUUAUCAACUCUAUUAACCGGGCCAUAGGGGAAAACAUUAUUGGUGUUUGGCGCGAGUGUGUGUAUCUUUUGCAAGCAUGUCCUUGGCAUCUCGACCAUGUCCCGUCCUGGCGUUUUUUUGGAAAUGACCCUCGGAGAGAGAGAACCUGGGCUAUGGUCCCCGAUAUUGUUAAUUCCCUACGCCUUGAAUCUCUCCGAAAUGAUUUUCAUCCUAAGGAGGGUGAACUGGAGGCAUGUAUAGGCCAAACGCUCGAGAAGGCUGCUAAUUCCGCCAUGAUCCUUCUCGGCCAGCCCUCUGAAUGGGAGGCUGUGUGGACCUCACCUGAACCAGGAUUCAUUGUCUUCCCAGAGGUGAGGUUUACUUGGAACGGCAAGACCAAGUACUCAAAGCCGGCCGAGGUGGACGUCACCGUUCCCAAGCCAGUGCCUUCCGACAACCAUGAUCAGCCUCAUGCCGCAACUGGCGAACAGCACAGUUCUGACGUUGGCUGCCAGUCAGAUGCUGACGCUGAUGAGCAGCAAAAGCAUGUUGGCGCUCAAGCGCUGUCCCUUGACACCUUUCAACAAACUGGAGCUGGGAACGCCGACUAG